CAAGCAAUCUUUUGGUUCGAUCUGUUUAUUGAAACCGCCCCCAAACCUUGAAACCGCGAACACCCGUCGCUGCCAUGGUUCGAAAGGCAAAUUUGAUCUUUGUUUCCAUGGUGCUGGCCAGUGUGAUUCUUCCUCAAGCUUUAGUGGUGGCCCGUGACAAUCCCAUGCCUGGUGGAUGGACGCAUAGCCGAUCGCCCACCCCUGAAGACUUAGCCGUGUGGGACAAGGUCAUCACCAAGGUGAACAGCGAUUUGGUCAGCAUGGGGCAACCAGUGGAAGUUUCUACCCAAGUGGUUUCAGGGAUCAAGUACAACUUUAUCUUCAGCAAUGGUGACCAGGUGAGUGUCUACUCAGUGCCAUGGGAACAGAAGUUGGAAGUCUCUGAGGUGAAGAAGAGCACGAAGUAGGCCACGUGGCAAGGUGGAUGAGCCAGACCACAUCCCAAAUGACCUGCUAUGGCAGUUGUACAGUUGACUUGGGCUCAGCAUGGCUGGUACAGUAUCUUUUGGCGUUCGCGACAGGGUCGAGAUGACCAGACGAAGUGCCCGCCUUUCAAGUGGAAGGUUGGUGUAGUUCGACACGCACUUGCAGAAAGGUCAAUAUUCAGUGAAGGGCAAGUUGUCUGACUAUGUGUCUGUCAGCAUCGUUGCAUUGUUG